GCGCGCCGCCGAUGUCUGGCCCCGCCCAGGAGGAGGAGCUUCAGACCGCAGACCGAUCUCCAGCGUCCGCAGCUUCAUCAGUGCACUCUCCCGCGAUUCACGCUUGGAAUAUAACGGCGUUCCGCGCGCGGUUCAGGAUGAAGGGUGGAGGUUUGGCAGGGGUCUUUAGCCCCUGUUAGAUUCACCGCCUCACCCUCGUCAUCACCCUCAUCAUCAUCUUCAUCAUCAUCAUCAUCAUGGCCAAUCACCUGGAGCUACUGACGGAGCUGCAACAGCUGGAUAAGGUUCCCAGUCUGGAACGGCUCCGGGCCGCACAGAAGCGUCGCACGCAGCAGCUCAAGCGAUGGGCCGUCUACGAGAAGGAAAUGCAGAACAAGAAGCGCAAGGCCGACAAACGGCGCGGUCACGGGAACCUGCGGGAGAACUGCAGGAGGGUUUCGUUUGCGGCGAGCAUCGCUCUGCUGGAGGCCUCUGCGAGGAACGAUCCGGAUGAAGUGCGAUAUCUGCUGAAGAACAACUUGAGUCCUGAUCUGUGUAACGAAGACGGACUGACCGCCCUGCACCAGAGUUGUAUUGAUAACUACGAGGAUAUGGUGCGGAUCCUGCUGAAUCACGGAGCCACGGUCAACGCUCAGGACAAUGAGCUCUGGACACCACUCCAUGCUGCAGCCACGUGUGGACACACAGGCCUCGUCAAGAUCCUCAUCCAGCAGUGAGUGUGUGUGAGUGUGU